CCGGAACCCGUUACUGCUGCUGCUACUGUUGCUGCUACUGUACAGAGCUGACAAGUCCAGCUGUCGGAAUCCAGGAGAGCAUCGUCAGGUAGUACUGCUACCCAGCGCUACUACCCCCAGCCAUGGCCAGACCACCAGCUCCGGGCUCUGUAAUUGUUCCAGAUUGGCACGAGAGCGCAGAAGGCAAGGAAUAUUUGGCCUGCAUCCUGCGCAAGAACCGACGGCGAGUAUUCGGGCUGCUAGAGCGUCCAGUGCUGCCCCCAUCUGUGGCUGUUGACAUGGCCAGCUACAAGAUCUUUGUGUCUGGGAAGAGUGGCGUGGGCAAGACAGCGAUGGUGGCCAAGCUGGCUGGUCUGGAGGUGCCUGUGAUACACCAUGAGACUACUGGCAUCCAGACUACUGUGGUCUUCUGGCCUGCCAAGCUGAAGGCCAGCGACCGUAUCAUCAUGUUCCGCUUUGAAUUCUGGGACUGUGGAGAGUCUGCCCUCAAAAAGUUUGAUCACAUGCUGCCGGCUUGCAAGGAGAAUGCCGAUGCCUUCCUCUUCCUCUUCUCCUUUACUGAUCGUGCCUCUUUUGAAGACCUCCCUGGACAGCUUGCCCGUGUGGCUGGUGAAAUCCCUGCUGUGGUCAGGAUGGUCAUUGGCUCUAAAUUUGACCAGUACAUGCACACAGAUGUGCCAGAGCGGGACCUCACAGCCUUCCGUCAAGCCUGGGACCUGCCCCUCCUGCGGGUGAAGAGCGUGCCAGGACGGCGACUAGCCGAUGGACGGACUCUGGAUGGGCGGGCUGGGCUGGCCGACGCUGCCCAUGUGCUCAAUGGCCUUGCAGAGCAUCUGUGGCAUCAGGACCAAGUGGCAGCUGGCCUGCUCCCCAGUAUCCCAGAGGAGGACACCCCUGGUUGAGGGUUGGUGAUGUCAUGAAUGAUCACCUGUGAUCCCCACUCCUGACCCUCAGGAGACCCAGCACAGAAGUCAAGAGCCAGUUCCAAAGGUUGGGACAGAAGCAGUGAUUUUAUCAUGAGGCCUAGUCUGGUAGUGUAACCAGAUGGAAAGGCCCUGCCCAGAAGCAUAUUUCUGGCAGAGUCUAUGGUUGUGAAGCAGGGACUCAGAUUCUUUGGCAGAGAACUGAGGGCAUCUAAGCACCCUCUGAACUUGGCUCUUCACCUUAGGUGGGCCAAGCUUCUAGAAUUUGCAUAUCUCAUUGGGCAGGACCCCAGGUCUCAAUAUCUCCCAGCUCCCUUCUGCAACGUCGCAGGUGCUACCUAGGAAGAUGGUACUUCUUCUGUACCCUCAAGCUUAUGUGACUUCCACCAAGAGCCUGCAUGUUACUGAAAGUCAAACUGCUGGCUGUACCAAAUAAAUCUUGAAUUGUCCAUAACUAA